CUUUAGUCCGCGCGCCGCGGAAGGGGGGCGCUGCGAGAGUCACCGAAUGCUAGUCAGCUUACUGCAGAAGAAGGGAUUACUGCUCUUGUCCUGCUUCCCUUCCCAAAAAUAUAUAAUGGUGACAUCUUGGCAUCAUGCCUCCCCUUCCUCCAACUUGGCUCUCACUCUCUACACGAUCUCAAUCGAUUCACCAUCGAGCACCGACAGUACCUCGAACAAGCCAACGAGCCAGACCAUUGACUGAACUCCACCUCAGCCCUGUGCUACGGUGAAUAUCAACCGUUACUCCCUUCAGAGCACUUCUUUCUGCACCGUCGGCAGAAAACUCCACAAAUGAGCGCCUGCACCGCACAAGCGCCGUCCUCUAGCUUCUUGCUCCCUGCAAUGCGCCGGAGCACCUCGCAGAGCUACGCCAUCUCCUCACCAUCAGUUUCUUCUUCGUCGUCGUCUUCCAGCAGAACCAGCAUGAACUGGGAGUCUGCAAGCAGCAGCGCCAGCACCAGCUCCGGCCCUGCUCACCGUCGAACAGGUGUUCUCCGAACGACGGCUAACCAACAGGACAUUGCACGACAACGGUCGCAAGCACUGCUUGCCUCUGUCAUCCGGGGCGAGGUCAGCCUCGACGCCAUCUUGGCUUUCCCCAUCGACUGGUCUUCAAUCGCCUUUGAGGCUGACAUGCUCCGGCACGUCGACGCGCAACGGUCCGAAGACGAGGAGCAGCUGCCCACAAUGAACCCGCUCGCGAUCAAGAGGCGGGAGACGUGGCCAGGAGCAAAAAAGUCGACUUCGCGACGCCAGCGCAAGGUCGUCGACGAGCAGCCGGCACCGUCCUCUUCGAGCCUGGGCCUCGAUCUGGGACAGCCCAGCACAAGCACGAGCACCUGGGAGGCCGAAGCAGCAGCAGAAUCUCCAUCUUCUUCGCACUCUUCAUCCGCAUCGCUCCCGCCCUCGCUCUGCAGCUCGCCGCGAUCAAUAGCAUCAAGCGACGCGACGCUGUGCGAAGACAUUUCCACCCCAAAACACCAAUACCUCAGCCUGAGCCAAGAAGAUGACUACGAGGACAUGCAAAAGGGAGCACAGGAAUUCGAUUAUGACCUCACGCUUCCUUCCUCCACCGCUGCUUCCCCCUCCUCGCUGGCGCAAGCGCAAGAGGCGGCGGCGACACCGUCGCUCUUUGCCUCGGCAAAGGACGUGGACCCGCUCGAUGAGAUGUUUGACUUUGCACCGUCAGUCAGCACCCCAUUUGCGAGCCGAGAGGCAAACGACUGGAUGGUUUGGCCCACUUCGGCCUCCACUACAGUCUUCUAGAGAAACCUCCUCAAUAUCAUUCCCAGAUAACCCUCAUUGGAAAAGAAAAGCAAUCAUACCAUCACCUCUUUUUUUUUUUUCAAAAACAUUUUCCCUAUUGCAUGAUGGCCGGUGUGAGAGAAUUGAGGUUCAUGUGUCAGGCAAUCUUACACACGCGGUGGAGGAGACGUUAAAAUUAGAGAUGCGUAGGGUACCUGUAGCUGUUCCUUGAGUUUCUGUGCACGCUUUCCGCCUCCGCGGAUUUAGCCACCAGUUCCCUGUCGCGUCGGACAGUC